CAUGUGGAAGACAGGCUUGAUGAUGCUUGGCUCCAAUUUGCCGAAAAUACAGAAUCACAUGAACACGAGCAGCCUCAACCAGCAGAUGCUAUUAUGGGAUCUGCUGCAGGUGAUGGUGGAUCUCAGCAAGCAACGUUAUCUCAGAGAGAAGCUACAAAGACCAUUAAGAGGAAAAGGUUCAUUAAGAUAGCCAUUGAGGCACAAAUAAGAGCAUUUGAGAAGUACGUAGAAGUGGAAGAGCCAACUCCUACUGAGCAGUGUCAUCACAAUGUUGCUGCCUGGCAUAACGUCCCUCACCCGGAGGAAAGGCUAAGGUUUUGGUCUGAUCCAGACACUAAAUUGAAAUUAGCUAAAGAUACUGGUGUGCAAGUCUUUCGAAUGGGGGUAGAUUGGUCCAGGAUCAUGCCUGAAGAGCCUCUCAGUGGACUGAAAGUUUUAAGAAAUUACAGUAAAAUUCAUUUCUCUACUUUUAUCUAUGCAGAAUUAUGUCGAGCAUGUGUGUCAAGUAAAAUUUAUGAAUACGCUCCCUUCGAUAAUGGUAACCUUUUAUCAUGUACUUUCCAUAUACAACUAACUUCUUUUAUGGUAUCUAGCUAUUUAACUGCUAGUUCUUAUAUCAUCUUAUGGCUAUGUCGCUAUGAGAUCAAAUAUACUAGUGCAACUAUAUUUAUUCUAUUUUAUAGCAUGUGAUAGAUAUACCAUGUGACUCUUAAGAAUUUCUAAUGAAUACAAACACAAUCAUGUAUCUCUAUAGAUACUUGACUG